AUGGCUGCCGACGAUGACCGAGAAGCCAAACGUCCAAGGCGCACGUACCGCGCCUGUUGGCCGUGCCGAGGCAGAAAGCUCAAGUGUUCGUUUGGCGCAGACCCCAACCGGCCUUGGGAUGGACCAUGCGAGCGCUGUUUGCGUGAACAGCGAGAAUGUCUGCGCGCCAAGCCCACUUUUGUGAAGGAUCCAGUACCGAGGAAGUCGGACCUCGGCGAGGGUGUGUCUCAGCAGUCGACUCCCCAGCCCACCACCACCCGCACCACUGUCAACAACGCUAAAGCCUCCACCUCUGUGCGACCCACUGCGCCCACUCGCACAAGCUCCAAUUCCCAGAGCCAUACUGGAGGGUUCAACCACGACGUCGACGAUGGUGAUGACCCCCAGGGCUCGCCAUCGAGCGACGACGAGGAGCAGCGCGACAGCGGCAACAAGCUCGUGUCGUCCCAUCUCCAGAACCCUUCAGACGCGCUACGCCUGCUCGCAUCAGCGUCAAGUCUGCAGUACCGUGCUGGCCCCAGUCAUGCUACCCAGCCCAAGCCGAAGGACCCUCCACGGUCCAAGCAAUGGCUGGGCAACAAUGCUGCAAUGUGGGGCCGGUGGUCGCCUAUCCGGCAGGGCUGCCUGACUGUCCAAGACGCUAGAGCCUUGUUCAGCUUCUUUGAGCUGGAGAUGGCUCCGCUGUACUCUCUUCUCCACCCAUCCAUUUUCGAGCCGCAAUACCUCGAGACCCUCGUCAAGUCAGAAUCGUUGCUUCUUGGCAGCAUCAUCGUCAUUGCUGCGCGUUACUCCAAGGUCCUGUCGGACAACCGUGGUGCAAUCGUCCACAACAAGCUCUCCGUGUGGGUCCGCCAGCGUAUCCUGGGUGUCAUCGACGGCGAUCCACUCCUCCGCACAAUCUCGUCUGUCGAAGCGUUCCUCCUGCUCUCGGAAUGGCCCAUGCUUCCCGUCCCGACGUUCAACGAGCACGAUACGACAGACGACGACGACGCUCCACCCGAGGAAGCACUCCUCCUCAAGCCCAGUACCCGAUACGAUGCCUACUCAUGGGCGUACAUGGGUAUCGCGGUGCGACUCGCCCAGGAACUGGGCAUCCACGACAUUGCCAGCCUGUCGCAGACGAACACCGAGAACUCGUGGAAACAGAACCGAAUGCUGAAGACGUGGAUCCACUGCUACAAUGCGGAUAGACACAUUGCCAUUCGCUUGGGACGAAACGCAGUCUUGCACGAAGCCAUGAACUCGCGGUGGUGGGAGACGUUUUCGUCAGUCACAUGGACGGACGGACGCACGCCACUCACGCGCGAUCUGUGGACCUCGGACGCGUUCACGUUGGGGUCUCUUGCCCAACUGCUGGGUACCAUCCAGGACCAUCUCUACCCCAACAAGGACGUGACCCGCAGCUUGCUCAAUUCGGGCGCAUGGGAGUCUUUCCUUCGCAGUCUGCGAUUCGAGAUCCGAUACUCGAAACGUGCAUGCCAGAACAAGCUCAACGACGGCAGCGUCGCGGCGGCCCUCCUGCGCAUCGAGUUUGACUAUACAGUCUUGUACGCCUACUCGCUCGCGCUCCGCGCACUCCAGGGCAAGCUCCGCCGCCGCCGCCUGGCAGGCGACCUGCACUACCACUCACCGUCGUUGAUGAACAUGGUGGAAGGGCCCUGGGUUAUGGACGCACUGGUGGCUGCGCGUUCCAUUGUGGAAGUUGCCCUCAGCGUGCUGGAGGAACGGAACAUUCUGCGAUACUGCCCGUCUCGUAUUUUCCAAUACAUCCUGUUCGCCACCACAUUCCUGUACAAGGCCCUGGCGGCCGGAAUGGUCGAGUUUGGCGAGCACAAUGUCGCUGGCAUGCUCGAAAAGCUCGUCAGCGCCCUGCGCAACGCGGCGAUUGACGACGAGCACUUCCUGCACGGUUUCGCGAUCCUUCUCAAACGCCUGGGCAAACACUGGCGCCCGCAGGACCGUACCUCGACAUCCAUCUUCAACCGCCCGGCGGCAGAGCGGCCUGAGAACGCCGACGACUGCCGCGCCAAGGCCUUCCUGGGGUCCGAAGCCCAAAUGUCACUCGCUUCCAACCCGGCCCUACCCCCCAUGGGUCCGACCCAUGACAGCACCGUUGGCCCCACCACCACCAGCCUCCCCGACCUCCAGUCGUUCCAGUUUGACAUUCCAGGCGUCGACUGGGCCAACCAUUCGCUGUCUGGCGGCGCCACGUCAAUGACGUUCAACGACCCGCGCGCCGACGACCUCAUGUGGAACUUUGACCCCACGUUCCAGAUGCCCGCCGCGGACCACGAGCAGGAUAUCCUGUUCCAGAGUAUCUGGGACAACACCCAGACGGACGCGAGUCUGGGCGCCUCCAACCUGUACGCGACGCUGCUGGGCGACACACUGUCCUUCCCAGAAGGGUUUGAGGCCAUGUGA